AUGGUUUUGGUUGUCUCAGCUAAGGGUUUUACCAUGAAUAUCAAAGGGAAGAAUUUUUCUUUGGUUGACAAGUUUCUUUUGGGGUUUGCUUUUCCUCCGUUGCUGGGUUUGACUAUGAGAAGAAAAGGUGUUUUGGGUGUUUUGCAGAAUGGUGUUGGCCGUUGUUGUGUCAUUUUCGUUUGUUUCAGUUUUAAGUUUGAGAGCAAAACUUUUAGUUUUGCUGAGGUUGAUUGGGAGAAGCUAAGUUUUUCUUUGGUUGACAAUUUUGUUUUGCAGUUUAGUUUUGCUGAGCUUGAUCCGGAGAAGCUAAGGGUUUGCGACUAUAAAGUUAUGGCACGUGUUGCUGAUAAAAUUAAAUUGAUAGAUGGAUCAAGGGAAACUCUUAAGCUUUCUGUAAGGAUCACUGAUCUUUGGUUCAUUGGGAUUCUCGGAAAGACUGAACAAGCCGAAAUGGUGGUUGUUGAUUCUGAUGGAGAUGAAAUCCAUGUUGUUUGCAAACAGGAUCAGCUGAAGUCUCGCAAGGCUGAUUUGAAAGAAAAUUUGACUUAUGUGAUGCAUAAUUUUAAAGUUAUCAAGAAUGAUGGGAAAUUCAGAGUUUGUGAUCAUGAAUAUAAAUUAUAUUUUAUUGGAGUUACUGUUGUUAGCUUAUGUGAUAUGGAACAUUUACCUUUUAGGAAAUUCAGAUUUGUUGAUUUUUCUAGUGUCAUUGCUGGUCAUUUUAAAAUUGGACUCUUGGUUGAUGUUAUUGGCGUGAUUGAUGAAGUGGUAUUCCGAUAUGUGUCAUCCAAAAAUACGAGGGUUGUUUUGAAUUUAAAGGAUUUGAGUGGACAGGUGCUAUCCUAUACACUCUGGGAAAAUUACUGCUUACAGUUUUUGUCUUAUUUGAAUGAUAUUGAAGAUGAAAGGCCAAUCGUUAUUCUCUUGACUCAUGCUAGGAUUAAGGAAGCGCAGGGAUCAUAUCUGGCAUCGGUCAGUAAUUCUUUCAAGGUGUCUAAACUCAUGAUCAAUGACCUCGUGCUGGAAAUUCAAGAAUUUAGAGAGAGCCUUUUAGAUUUAGGGAUCGAGGUUAGAUCAAUUUUGGCGCCUAUUGGACAAGGGAGUUCACAGGAAUUUGUUUGUGUUACUGUCGCCAAGAUUACAACUAUAGUGAUGGACAACUAUUCAUGGUGCUAUCCGGCUUGUGGUCAAUGUUAUAAAAAAGCUGACAUGCAAACUGUGCUGUUCACAUGUCCGUGUGGCAAAGAGAAUGAUCAACCUGUACUAAGGUAUCGGGUUGAGGUGAUGGUUAAUCACAAGGGUGAACAAACCAAAUUUUUGAUCUGGGAUCAUGAAUGUGCACAGUUAAUUGGUCAGACAGCGGAUGAAGUCAAUAGGCUCAAAAUAGAAGAUGGGGAUGUUGAUUUAAAUGCCUCUCCUCAAGUACUAGAUAGGCUAUUGGGUUGUUUCCUUGCAUUCAAAGUGAAGGUGCAACCAAGGUUCAGGAAUUCUGUUGUUCUUAAAUAUUCAGAUGAAUCAGACUUGAUCAAUGUUGUGCUAGAUAUGAUUCCCGAUAGUGAGCCAUGUUGCAAGAUCGAUAAUUCAAUACUUGAGUUGACCGAUCCUAUAGAGCUUGAAUCUCAACCAGUGUCUAUUACCGCUGAUCAUGAUCGGUCAAUGCUUGGCUCAAGUGAGCCUACAGAGCUUGAAUCUCAAUCUGUGUCUGUUAUCGGGGAUCAUGACCCUCUUCUCAAGAUUCCAUUGACACCAACUAAGCGCGUAUCUUCUAAUGAGUUGGAUAAUGAGCGAAAAAAAUUUCAAAUUUCACCUGCUGAAGUUUCCUCGAACAAAUUAGCCAAGCAUUCUCAGCUUGAAUGA